GCGCAGGAGACAGGCUGGCAAACGAGAAGAGCCGCGUGUCAUCUAUAGCCGCGAUGAGCUCAAAGAGGGUGACAGUCUGAGUAGCAAUGAGUUGUAUGACACGCCUCUCUGGCUGAAGUGUUGCUGCAUGACUUUCUUCGCCUUUUGUGGCCUUCUGUGUGCUGUUGUUAUCUUCUUUUACAUCAAUCCGUCGCUGUUUUGGCAUUUAUGGGAGCACCCAGACACUCUGUCAAAGUUUGGAAGAUUAUUCCUAGCGGAAGAUCAAAGAAACGGUGACGUCAGGAAAUCAAGUUCCUGGAUGGCUGAAGCAAGCGAGUUGAGUGGACCACCGAGUGAAGAGGAGAAACAAUAUGUGGCAAUGGCAGAGGAUGGUCACUGCACAGCGGAGUCAAACGCUUGUGCUAAUCGGCAAGGUCACAUGAGACCGAUUGGAGAGCACAGAAAGCCAAAUCUUGAAAUAAGUGUGUUGCCCUUCAUGUUGUCGAGUCGUGAUUUCUAUAAGCACUACGUUCGCAGCCGAAGACCUGUCGUGUUUAGAGAUGCUAUACGCAAUUGGCCUGCAUAUCGGUUGUGGCAGAAUGAAAGUUAUCUGAGGGAAAAGUAUGGAGAGACUCAUUUUCGUGUGGAGCCCAUGAAGUUUUUUACAAAUUUAUCAUAUCCUUUGCAUCAUAUUAUGACACUUAAUGAGUUUCUCGAUCGGUAUCAAACUGAGUCAAUUUAUUUGGAUUCUCCGUGCCCUACGAUGAAGCUGACUAAUGAUGUUUUUCUCCCGGAUUGUCUGUUAUGUGAAGAGAUGCAGAAAGGGGUGUCGAGUGUGACUCUGUUGAUUAGCAGUGGGAACACAAGUUCGAGUCUUCAUCACGAUGGCUAUGAGAACUUAAUCGCACUGAUAUCUGGAUCAAAAACUAUGAUGCUGUUUAAUACUUCUGAGUCUCGCAUGAUGUAUGGUGACCAGUUUAUUAAUCACCCGGCUGUCUCACCUAUAGAACCGGAUAGCGUAGAUUUAGACAGGUUUCCGCUCUUCGGAGGGACUCAUUAUGGUAUGGUGACAUUGAAUGCUGGAGAUAUGUUAUAUAUUCCUCAAAACUGGUGGCAUCAUGUGCGCAGUGAAGGUAAUACAACUAUUGGAUUUAACAUAUGGUGGGCACAGUUCAACUUUGAGAAUCAGAUGACUGUUGAAGGACUCAAUGAAGACGUUGAUGUUACAGCAGUCAUUGAACUUUUUGAUCGAAUGGUGGAGAAGGAGCCACUUGAAAUACUUUGCAGUAAUCAACAAACGAGUCUUGCCAAGGCAAUGAAAGACAUAGACUUUGGUGAUUUAGUCAUACCCAGAAAAGUUAAAAAACCACCCAAUGCGAUAUUGGCCAGCAACUAUGAAAUGCCGAUGCUUGGUUUUGGAACUGCAGGCUUAUUUGGUGAAAGGGCAGUAUCCAGUGUGAAACAUGCCUUGAAAGUUGGAUACAAAUUGAUCGACUCUGCACAAGGAUACGACGAAGUCUCUGUAGGUCGUGGCAUUGUCGAGAGUGGUAUUAAUCGGUCAUCGUUGUUUGUAGUCAGUAAACUACACCCUCGCUAUUUGGGGUAUGAAACAACACUGGAGGCUGUUCGGUUGUCCCUGAAAAACUUACACACUGACUACCUUGAUGCUUUCUUGAUUCACUCGAUUGACUGUGACGAUGGCGAAGAUGCUCGUCUUCCGUGUGGACCAGGAGAGCCAAAAGGAACGUGGCAGGAAAGUUGGAAAGCAAUGGAGAAACUACAACGAGAGGGUGUUAUUCGUAGCCUUGGUGUCAGUAAUUUUGAUGUUAACCUUUUGAGAGAGCUACUGAAGUUGACAGAAGUGCCAGUGUCUAUCGUACAGAAUUGGUUUGAUCCGUUCUAUCAGGAUCAUGUUGUUCGACAGCUGUGUAGUGAUAAUCGUAUUGCUUACAUGGGUUAUUCAACACUGGGAACCGCUUGGAAGGAAUCGGGUGUUAUUGACUUCAAUCCAGUAUUGGAAGACAAACAACAGAUCAUGCAUAUUGCUGUUGAACACGAGGCGACGAUAAGUCAAGUUGUGUUACGUUGGGCGAUGGAUUCGAAUGUUAUUGUUAUUCCUCGGUCAUCUAAUCCUCUACACAUAAACAUCAACUUGCUUGCCAUGGACAUAGAACUAGCUGAGCAUGAAAUGAGUAUUAUAGAAAAAAUGGAGGGCAAAAUUAUGAUGCCAGACGAAGAACUACAAGAAUACUAUGAGAAGUUGCAAGAACAGCAGGCAUGGGAUGAUGAAGAGGGCAAGCAAGAUGUGCCAGAAGAUAUACCGGUUGGUGAACCAAUGGUACACAAAACAGUUGAAGAAAACGACUCUGUGAUAUUUAUUGCAUCGGAUGAUGGAAUUAUGUAUGCACUCGAAGCAGCUACUGGAGCAGUUCAUUGGCUCUUCCGCACGGAAGACGAGGUUGGAUCAUCGGCCACUUUAAGCAGAGAUGGAAAACGGUUGUACUUUGGCUCAGACGACGGUCACAUCUACUGUCUGUCUGUCUCCAAUGGUGAAGUCAUGUGGAAGUUUAACACUGGAGAUGCAGUAACUGCCUCCCCCCUACUCACACCUGAUGAUACGAUUUUGUGUGGAUCUCAGAAUGGCAAAUUCUUUGGAUUGAGUUCAUUAGAUGGCAGCAUGUUGUACGAACGUACUCUGAAAGGACCCAUUUGGUCAUCGGCAUCAGUCAGUAGUCAAUUGGGUAUUGUAUAUGUUGGCUCAUUGAGUGAAGACAGUGAUAACUUCUAUGCCUUGCGGUCUUCAGAUGGCAGUGUUGUUUGGUCCUAUCGUACAUCUAUUGGUGUCUGGGCUACACCUCGUGUCACGUCCGAUGGCAAAACAGUCAUAUUUGGAGACCAGAGUGGAUUGCUUUAUGCAUUCGAUGCUGCUAGUGGAACACAGCGUUGGACAUUAGCGACUAAUGGAGGGGUAGUGGAAUCAUCAGCAGCCAUUAGUGAAAAACUACAGACUGUUUUUGUGGGUACAAGAACGGCAGGGUUGCUUGCUGUGGAUCUUGUAACUGGAAAGCUCAACUGGUUGACACAAUUUGAAGGUGAAAUUGUGUCAUCUCCGUUGCUAAGAGAUGGUGUAAUUUACUUCGGAACUGAAAACGGUGAUAUUAUGGCUGUGUUGGCAAGCAACAGAAAGAAACUCUGGCAGUUUAAAGCUAACGACUCGGUGAUGUCGUCUCCUAGGAUUGACUCUAGUGGAACCCUAUAUAUUGGUUCUGUAGAUAGCAUGGUAUAUGCCCUUGAUAGUUUAUCGGGCUCGAUGCUCUGGAAGCAUUCGACGUAUGGUCCAGUUGUGGCAACGGCAGCUAUUUUGAACGUAUAGUUUUAGUGUUAUCAGAGAACGUGUGUUGCUUGGCAUGAUACACCUAGAUAGCCUUGGUAUUCAAUGAAAUCUGUGGUAACUAGUAGUUCAAUAAAUUGUUUCG